UAAUAAAUAACAAAUAUGGCGACAUCCUUUACAGUGCAAAGUCUUAUUACAUUACACUAUUUUAUUUAAUAAAUGAGUCCUAAAGAGGAUCUAUAGUUUUUUUCUUCAAACUCGACUUAACGGGACACAGCUCUGAAUUCUACUGCAUGUACAGCGUUGUAUUUUAAUACAGACUAACGUUACUUUAAACGGCAGAAUUUGUGAAGGGUAGGCUAGUACGUUAACGUUACUUGCUAUUUAUAAUUUAGCCUUAACAUUUUCAAGUCAUUGUCGAUGAUUACCGAAACAGUAUGGCAUAUAGCAAUCGUUUUGAUGAAAUCUCAACACAGUCCCGCCUCUUGCUGUGUUUGUAAUGUCCAGAAAUGAUUAACUCUUCUCAACAGAUCUCCAGUAACUUAAUUUCCUCUAAAAAUUCACUCUGAAGUGAAGAUGACUGAAAGAUUGUUUGAAGAGAAACAGCAUGCCUCCCUCUAUCAAAAAUAUCGAUUUGGUCCACCUGAUGAGCUGAAGGAGCUUAUUCUCCAUUAUCUGGACGAAAAGAAAGGAAAGCCCCAUCAGCUGGCUGUGGAUUUGGGCUGUGGAACGGGGCAGACCUCUCGUCCCCUGACGGGGUAUUUUGAGCAGGUGGUGGGCAUUGAUGUCAGUGAAUCUCAGGUGGAGCAGGCGAGAGCAGUGCCAGGGUUCCCUAACCUCAGCUACAGAGUAGGCACAGCAGAGGAGCUGCCGUUCCCAGAUGGCUCAGUGGAUCUGCUGACGGCUGCGUCUGCGGCUCAUUGGUUUGAUGCUGAACGUUUCAUAAAGGAGGCUACACGUGUUCUGAAGCCGCAUGGCUGCUUGGCUCUCUUUGGCUAUGGAGACAAUAUGAAAAUACACUAUGAAUCUUGUGGUGAUCGACUUAAUAACAUAUAUGAGGAAGUAAAGCAAAUACUGCUGCCUUACACAAGCAGUAAGGUAACUUUGGCCAACAGUAAGCUAAAGAUCUUAUUUGAAACCAUACCCUUCCCAGAUAAAGAGAGGAUUGAAAUCAUUCCAAUCAAGCAGCAGCUGAGCAUCAAGAACGUAAUUGGUUUUAUUCAGACAUUCUCCAUGUACCAAGCCUAUCUGAGAGCCGAUCCAAGCGCUGCGACCGCACUGUUGGAGAGAACAACCUCACGUAUUCUGGAGGAGAUGAAAGUGUCAUCAACAGAGGCCAAAGUCGACUUUAUAAUGGAGUACUUCUGUGUGCUAGCAUGUAAACCUGAGUGACACAUGACUCAAUCACAUGACCCACAAUACCAUCACCCCAGGUGUUUAGAUACUGUAGUUCCUCUGCAAUAUAUUUUCAUAAUUUCACAUGAAAGAUUCUGAAAAUAUAAACCAUUUAGUAUUUGCACUAUGCAUUACGAUGUUGCAUAAUGUUAAUUUGAAAUGAUUUACUCUACAAAAUGCAGCCAUUGAUGUAAGGUUGUUUAAAAUAACAAUAAAAUCCUUUAGUUUUUA